AUGAGAAAAGAGGAAGGUUGGGCAUGGGGCUUGCAACCUCACCCCGUAAAAACCCUGCAUGCUACAGAAACGCCAACAGCAGACCAAGAGACUACUGCCCUGGAAGAGGAAGGGUCCUCAUCAAGAGAACGUACGACUCUGUUUAGUGAAAACUCUGAGUCUACGGAAGCUGCAAGGCCGACCCCCCUUCUAUCGACUAGGACCAUUAAUGUCGGAACAUGGAAUGUGAGGACCAUUGUAUGAAAGGGAGGAACAGCAGCACAAGUAGCCGCAGAGAUGAACAGCUACAACAAUCUCACACUGCUUGGAAUCAGGGAGACCCUUUGGACACAUUCAAGACAAAGAAGACUGCUUAUCGGAGAGAUGUUGCUGUAUUCCGGCCAAGAAGAAGACAAUGCUCCACACACAGAAGUCGCCGCACUCAUGUUGUCAGGAUCUGCACAGCGAGCUCUGAUAGGAUGGGAGACACAUGGAUCAGGAAUAAUUGCAGCAUCCUUCAGAACAAAGAAGAAGAAGAAGAUCAAGAUGAAUGUUAUCCAGUGCUACGCCACAACCAACAACAGUUAUGAAGUAGUCAAGGAUUGAUUUUACGACAGACUGCAAAAGGUCAUGGCCAAGUACCCAGAGAAAGAUGUCAUCCGCAUGGGCGACCUCAACACCAAGAUUGGAGAAGACAACACCGGAUAUGAGGAAGUGAUGGGAAGACACGGACAGAGAAAUGAGAAAGGCGAAAAAUUUGCAGACUUCUGUGCCAUGAAGAACCUGGUCAUUGGUGGCAGCACUUUCCCCCACAGAAGACUACAUAGGGCCACUUAGGUAUCACCGGACUUUGUGAUUGAGAACCAGAUCGACCCCAUCUGCAUAGCCAAGAAAUUCAGAGGGGCCCCACAGGAUGGAAGGGUGAGAAGAGGAGCAGACGUCGCAUCUGACCACCGCCUGCUGGUAGCCAGGCUGAAGCUGAAGCAGAACUCGAUGGGAGCUACAAAGAAGAGGCUGAAGUACAAUGUCAGCAUGCUGAAAGACACCAAGACCAGAGAAGGAUUUAGACUGUCUCUCACCAACAAGUACCAAGUACUACAACUGUUUGAAGAAGAGGUCACCACCGAGAACCAGUGGCAGAAAGUGAAGUAGACACUUGCGUCAACCUGUCAGGUAGUAGGCCCCAAGAGACACCAACAGAGGGACUGGAUAUUGGCAGACACUCUACGCAAGCUCCAGGAGAGAGAGCAGAAGAAGGCAGCAGUAGAUAACAGCCGAACAAGAGCAACAAAGGCACAAGAAGACUUCUGGAGACCACCGUAG